AUGACAAAUCAACUUCACGUAGUGGUCCUCGGCGCUGGAGUGCUUGGACUGACCGAUGCCUUUGAGCUGCGCGAACGCGGCUACAGAGUGACCAUCCUCGCACGCGAUCUACCUUUCGACUCUUUCUCCCAGACCUUCGCCAGUCCUUGGGCUGGAGCCAACUGGUGUUCCUUCGCUACUCUCGACGACAAGCCAGCACAGCGUCGAGACGAAAUCACGUUUAAGAAAUGGCUCAAGCUUCACACGCGUUUACCAGAGGAAGUAAUGGCAAUAAUGGAGUUUACCGAUAUCGGCCUCACCAAGCGAGAUACCAAGGAUGUAUGGUUCAGCAACCUGACUCCUGAAUUCAGCGUCCUGCCAGACGCCGAUGAAAUGGGAGCGCAUGCAAUCAAGUACAAAUCUUUUACUAUUAGCGUACCGCUGUACACGCGCUGGUUGGUGUCGGAGUUGACUUCGACCAAGCCCAUUCUCCUUGAUGCUACGCGAGCCGGUCCGCCAGUAGAAAUCCGACGAUGCUCCACGCUAACCAGCUUAUCCGCUGUACGAUCACUCGUACCAGGCUGCGAUUUGGUAGUCAAUGCGACAGGCGUAGGAGCGGCAGACUUGGCCGACGUACGCGAUCCCAACGUCUACCCAAUUCGUGGACAAACCGUUCUUAUCAAUGUACCAUCCUUCGCCUCCCCCAAUCGCGCUGCUCGCUGCGUUAUGAAGCUCUCCAAGCCCAACGCCUACUACGUCAUUCCACGAGCAAGGUCUGGGCAAGUCAUCCUCGGUGGAAGCUUUGAACUUCGGCAAUCAUCCACCACCCCUGAUCGCAACUUGGCGGAAAGGAUCAUGGAAGAGUGCGCAAAGCUGGUGCCUGAAAUUGUACCCGAGGGAAAGACAUGGAAAGAUAUCGACGUUGUUUCUCACAAUGUCGGCUUGAGACCUGCUAGGGAGAAUGGGGCUAGGGUUGAGUUGGAGAGGUUGGGAGGAAAUGGGUUGACGGUGGUUCAUUCGUAUGGAAUCGGUCCGGCAGGCUAUCAGGCUAGUUUUGGUAUCGCAAAGGAGGUGGCUGAUCUGGUGGAUAAGCAUGCUGGUCGCCAGUCGAGGCUGUAG